AUUAAAAAUAAAAAUAUAUGACCAAAAAUAGAAGAGGAUAAAAACGGUUCUCCUCUCUGAGCAAUGACGGCGAGGAAGCGAGGACGGCCAAGGAAGAAGAAAUCGAAGACGACGUACAAACUACAGAGUGGACUGGAAACCCCGUGCACUGGAGAAUCAACAGCGGGUAAGAAUGCAACUCCUAUGUCUGAUUCAGUAUUGGUACCAAAUACCCUAGACGUGUGCAAAUCCAGAUCUAUAUUACUAUGUAAUGAAGAGGAAAAGCUGAAUUCGGAAAUGAAGAAACAAAAACCUGAAGAAGCACAAGUGAAAACUUAUGCUGAAAUAGUGGGGAAGACAGAAAUACUUGAGUCAGAGCUCAAAUAUGUACAGACGGAGGAAUUAAAUGGAACUAAGAUAGCGAGAUUAACAAAAGAGGACGUCAUAGAGAUGGACAAUUACUGGAAUGCAGCUGCUGUCUGCUGUGUUCUAGGAGCCAACCCCCCUCUAAAGGUUAUGGAUGGGUUUAUAAGAAGAAUCUGGAAGGAUUUCAAGAUUACAGAAAUUGCCAUUCUGCGUGAAGGCCAGUUUGUGGUAAACUUUGAACAGAAAGAGGACAGAGAUGAAAUUGUGAAGAGGAAAUACUAUUUCAUGGACAAUAAACCAGUUCUAGUGCAGAAAUACAACCCAGGAAUGAAAAUAAGACUAGAGGAACUGACAGACAUACCUAUUUAGAUCAUAUUCUUAGAUCUGGAGCUCAAAUACUGGAGCCUUACAGGUUUGAACAAAAUAGGGAGUAUCAUCGGGAAUCCAAUCAAAAGGGAUAGGGCAACAACAACCAAAACAAAAAUGGAAUAUGCAAGAAUCCAGAUAAAAGUGGGUAUGCAGAGCAAUUUCCCAGAAAAGGUGACCUUCAUAGAUGAGGAUAACAGAGUGGUUACCCAGAAACUGGAGUAUGAAUGGUGCCCGGUUCAGUGUACACACGGCAAGAAAAUAGUGUUGGAAUU